AUGCCUAAGGCGGAACCCAAGACCCGCAGGACCAAGGCCUCCAAGGCCGAGUCUGGCAAGAAGAAGAAGGACCCCAACGCUCCUAAGCGCGGUCUCUCAGCCUACAUGUUCUUCGCCAACGAGCAGCGCGAGAAGGUCCGCGAGGAGAACCCUGGCAUCAAAUUCGGCGAGGUCGGCAAGCUGCUCGGCGAGAAGUGGAAGUCGCUCUCUGAGAAGCAGCGUGCUCCGUAUGACGCCAAGGCCGCCGCUGACAAGAAGCGGUACGAGGAAGAGAAGGCCGCCUAUAACGCCGGUGGCGACGACGAGGAAGAGGAGUCCGAGUAA